AUGUGUAUAGAUAAGAGAAUAAAGCACAUUCUUGCACUAACUGUAUUUCUUAUAACGCUAAUAACAAAAAGUAAAUGCGCAGACGGCAUUAGUAUAAACACAGAUGUGCUCAGUUCAAAUAAUAUUAUGGGAGGCAGUCUGUAUAGAACUCCUUUUCCUAUAAAUAACAAUAGGCUUAUAGGACAGUUUGAAAAUAUUUUAGAAUGGGAGCUAGAACUGCGUGCAAUCCUUGAACAGGUUUUAAGUGAGAACUAUGCAUGCAUAGAGCAUAGGAGCCCUGUUUGCGAGAUAGUUCAUACAAUAUUUAGUGUUAUUAAAAGACUAAGCAUUAACCAUAUGAAAGAGUUAAUUAUAUAUAGUAGUGUCUGCAGCUCAAGUGAAACAAGAGAACGGUAUACGUAUUAUAAAAUACUAGAUAGGUGUAAUAAAUGGCAACCUAGUUUAAUAAAGACAGUGUGCACAUAUAUGGAAGAUGUAUUCCCCAUGCAUUUAUUAACAGAUCAUAACCAAAUACUACAAAAAGUAAGAAGCAUCGAUUUUCCAGUUUUGGCAGAAAAACAUAAUAUUCGUAAAUUAUUCAGGCCAAUGAACAGGAUUGUACUUCGCUACAUAAGCCCCCUAACAUUAACAUAUAACACACAAAAAAUAAUAGGCAAAUUACAAAGGUGUAUGUACAUUGUUAUCUCCAUGCUUAUUAAAAACAGCAUGAUAUACAAUGACCUUUUAACCAUAGAUAACGACGAAUUCAAUAGAAUAGAAGACUUCAAAAAGUGUAAAUCAACAGAUUCAUUUAUAUUUCUUCUGAAGCAUAUUCGUGUUUUUGUGACUGCUAUUCAGAAGGUUCUAGAUAAAAGAACAGAUGUGUGUGAUAUGGUCCCAGUUUAUAUUUACAUUCGUGAUGAUGAAAUGCUAUUAAAUUCAUUUUCAGAACUCUGCAACCCGAGCAAUUAUGAUACAAUAAUCUCAAACUUUGCUAAAUUAUUAUAUUUUGAGACUCAACAGCAAAUGAUAUUCCUUACGCAUAAUAUAUAUCUUAAGGCAAUGGAUGUAUUUUAUGAACUGUGCCAUUCAAAAAAAGUUCAAUUGAAAUGUAUUCGGAAUAUAAUUGGUAAGCCAGGUGAUGUUUUUAUUAAACCAAAGUGCAGAAGCUUAACUACAUCUUUGCACUUAAAUGAGAAUAUCCCAGGCUCUGACAAGAGAAUUGAAUUCAAAGAAAGCUCUGCAUUUGAAGAGGAUGGAAUUCAGCACAGAUUAAUAGGAAAAAUGAGCGAUAAAAAAAAGUUAUUCUAUGCUAUACACUUUGUGAAUACGUGCACUAUGCAGUAUGAAUGCAAAUGGCUACCAACUAUUUCAAGGACGAUGGGCAAUAGAAGCACAAUUGUAAAACCACACACACUAGCAGAGAUAAAAAUAUAUCUAAUGAAAUUAAUGGAAACUUCUGAUGUGCUGGGUGUUAUUAUGGCAUACAAAAAGAAAAAAACAGGAUCUGAUAUUUACUGGGUGAGAAUUACAGACAAUGAGAUGGAAGUAAAUACAAUAGAGAGUUUAUGUAAGGAUCAUGUUGUAUUUUACUUUGUGUGGAAGCAUGCCAAUAUAUAUGAAAGAAUAUAUAAUUUUGCUAUAUUUAGUUCUGGCGAAGAAACAUUAAAAAAUAUGCCAAUUCCUGUUAUACUUACAGAAAUAACAAGAGAGCAAAUAAUAGGAUAUAAAUCGAUAAACUCUCCUAACAGAAUGUCCUUCGCUGAAUUAUCCACCAUGCCGGUUAUAGUUCCAGAUACGUAUACAGCGAAUAAGAAACUCACAUCAGGAGAAGCAUAUGCAUUUAAUAACUAUCACAAUUAUUUUACGAUAAACAGAAAUAAUUACUUCUACAAGCACCUAGACAAUGUAUUUAAAAGAGUUGAAGAGAAAAAUGGUGUGCUUAUUUGCCAGGAAAGGAUUAUGGAUACAAAAAUCUGCCGGCCUAUAAAUAUUCCCUUGAAGAUUCCCAUAGAGGGUUUUGUGGCCGAGAAUGACAAAGAUUUCCUUAAUAAGGUAUUCAAAACCCCCGGCGCUCUGUUUAAAGCGCAACAUGCAUGUGCGUGUAAAUUCUUUGAUUUCCUUGACCCAAAGGAUUAUGAAAUUGGUAUAUUCCUAACAAACGAUGCUCCAUGGGACUUUGUUUUAAUCAAUACACCAACAGAUAAUUAUCAUUGCAUUCCAUCUGAGUAUGUUAUACAGGAAAUUAAAUCCAAUGUAAUAGAUUUACAGAACAAUAGAGCAUUUAAUUUUUGGAAUGCACAGGUUCGCUGUAUUAAUGAAAAAUUAAUUAUACCACAAGAAUCUCUUAUUUCUCACUUAUACAGAAAUCUGUACAUGAUUGCAUUGUCAUAA